AGAUAUUGGCGAUGAAUAUGAUAGAGAUAUUGGUGAUGAAGUUGACGAUGAUAUUGGUGAAGAUGGUGAUAUUGAUGAAGAUGUAGAUAUCGGUAAUGAAGGUAAAGAUGAUAGUGAUGUCAAUGAAAAUAUAGUUAUUA